GGUAGCGCUUGGCGGGAAGCGACGGCGUCUCCGUGGAAACGGCCUCGGGCUGUGAGUGCGGCGCAAGGCCAUGGCCCAGCGGUUUCAGGUGUUGCGGUGCUGCUUCUGUAAAAUGUACCAAGUUCAGCAGGUUAAGAAGAGCAAGAAGUGGAACUGCAAAUUGUGUGAAGCAAAACAAUCAGUGCUGAAGGUUUAUGGCCAGGGCUCAGGCGCUGACUGUCGACGACAUGUACAGAAGUUGAACAUGCUGCAGGGAGAAAGGAUGCAGACAGUGGAAGCAGCUGCUUGCUCCAUUGAGGAACCAGCAUUUGCAAACACUGACUGUAACUGCCAAAGACUUUGUACAGUGAGUGAGCAGUUGGAGAGCUCAGCCAGCAGUCGCUGGAGUGUUUAUUUGGACCAGACUCCCAUUAAUGACGCAUCAGAUGAAGAAGGAAAAGAGGAAGACAUUGUAUACACAGAUCGCCAGCAGUUCCAGGCAAGUGUGAGGAAUGCCAACAGGAAUAGAAGCAAACGUAAAAGGGGAUUAUGUACCUCAAAGCAGCUGUAUGGAAACCGUACUGAGAACAAUGAAACAAAGUCCUCUCAAACAACCAUGGGUCAUUAUUUGAAAUGCAUGAACUCCACACCAACUGAAGGAGGAAGCAGAUGUCAAGAGAUUAGGAAUAGAGGAAGUAACAAUGGUUCUGAAUCCAAUCCAGUGACCUCACUGAGCGAUAAGAGCCAACAUGACACAAUCACUUACCCAACUAAGCAACUGGGUUCACAGGCCUCUAGAUGGGAUAGAUUCCUGCCACAUAGUACUGCAGAUGAUGAUGAAUUCUUCAAUCAAGACACUAAGACGACUGAGGGAUAUCUAACCUGCGUGGAUUCUCCCUGCACUGACCAGUACUCAACACAUUCUGUUGUUGAAGAUCACAAAACAGAUGUGGAUGGUUUUAGUGACUUGAAGGCAGCUUGUAAUGGCUGCCCAAGUUCACCACAAAUCACUGGAAGAGUUACAGAGGGAACUGUGACUCGAUCACUCACUUCUCUGGAAUGUGUUGAAGAAGACAUGACUACGCUGAGUUUGCCUGAGCUUACCAGUGAUGUGCAUGGACUCAGCAACAUUGCAUGCAGAGCUGUAACAGCAGUGCACCACCCUUUGCCUACAUCCAUGCAUGAUGCCCCUGGAGUUUCAAGAGCUCUAAAGUCAGGGCAUUGUUUGCCCCCUCAAUCUCUACCAGUACAUCAACUUUCAGUUUAUGAGAAUCCCAGUACAGCUUUUGGAUUCCAGGCUAAGCAACCCAGCUACUUUCUGUCCCUCUUUCAGACAGAGGAGGAUUUUGAUGAUGUGUGAAUUUUGAUUUUCCCUAUCCCACUGCAGGGUUUGUGGCUCAAAGUGAGGGCACCUAAUGAUGUAACAUGCAAUAUGUGAUUCUUUUGCAAACAAAUCUGCCAUCAGAUUUUCAAUGCAACUUUUAAUGAAAAGUGAGAGAGAGAGAUGAUUUCAGGUAGUGCUGGUGAGAAACAGCAGUUGUCUCAAUGGGUAGUGCACUUGCCUCAGUCAGAAUGUUAUGAGUUUAAGUCACACUUCAGACACAUGAUGGCAUUGUCACAUUAACAAUCCCUCACCAGUAUACUUCAAGUGUUAAAGAUGGCAUCUUUGUGUUGCAAUUUUGAGAGGGUAGCGAGAGCACCUCAAUUUAAGUGGGUACCCACAACACUUUUGCAGAAGAGUAGGGAAUUCUCUGUGAGCACCACUAAAAUGUACUGUCUUCAACACCAUAUUGGGAGAUUUCAGUGUGCAGAUUGACAUGUUUUCUCUGUUACAAGAGUGAGUAGUUUUUGUUUAAAAUUGUGCAGUGUAUAGCCAGAGAUCAGGAAAGAUACCAUAUUUGGGGUUUGGCUUAAAUAUUUUACACCUUGAUUUUUAUGCUUUUAAUUUGGGGUAGUUGUUAAAGCUAUCUGUAAAAUAAAUUUAAAAAUAUUUCAACAUAGCUAGUUCUCCUAUAUUAAUGCUGUGAACUUUUUUUCUGAUUGUGUGUGAAUAAACCUAGAGACAAACUAAGUUUAUUUCCUUCAACCACCAUGAUUUAAGAUCACGCAUACUCAGAGCAUUAGGCUGGGCCUUUGCAUUAUUAGUUGUGAGGUAUUUGACACCACCUCUGUUAGGUCCUGGCACUUUAAGGACAUUAUCCCUCAUGGAAAUAAAUUUCAGGCUGUACCCAAGUAUGAAGUUUUCAAAAUUCAGCAUUAAGCUCUGAAUUGUUGGAGGAUUCUCCACCUGGAGCUGACCUUUAAGCUACAACGCAAUAUGAAAUAUAGCAAGUCUAUGCAGAUCAAUUCAAUUAGUGCCACUCAUGUUCUUUUGCCCAUAUGUGGUAUGAAUGGUUGUAAACCCUUCAUCAGCUUCUCACAUUAAAUAAUGAAGUGUCUACCAUGGUAACCAGAAAUUGUGUGAACACCUUCAAAUGCCCCUUUUCAGUAAGAAAUUCAAUGCCUUAGUGCUUUUUAAAAUGCAGUUUUUAUUGCAGAGAAUAACAAAGUACAGAUUAAAUUUCUAAUGCUCAGUUAUAACAUUUUAAAGUGCUUUCUACUUGGAGGCUGAGAUAUUCUGAAACCAAACAGAUAGCUUAUACAACACAAGUGGAGGGGGAAGAGAGAAGUGUCAAGAAAAAUAAAAGUUCAGUAUUUAAAAAUUCAAAUUUAAGACAACAUACUUUCACUGACAAUACUUGGAUAAAAUGUCAGUAUCUCUAAUUUCAGCUAGUGCUAAUUCUCUUUGAAGAUUGUAUUUGGCCUGACAAUAAUUCCUUUGACUGCACCCAGAAAUUUUAAACUUCUUCCCCACAUUAUUGUUGACCAAUGGAGAUCGGUCGGUUUACGGCCCGGAACCGGUUGAAUUUAUGGCAGUUGCGAUGGAGCCAUGUUUUGUGGUUACCCCCUUUUAACAUCUGGGUGUUCAGUCCCUAUUGAGACUGCAGUGUCAUAUCUUGUUGAUAUUGUAGCCAAUUGUGUUUCAUCACAUUACACUCACCACAGCAAGUAUGAUGCUGUAAUGGGAAAAACUCAGUAAACUGUGGCCAUAUAGUUUUCUAGGAAGUACUUUUGAAGUUAUUAAUGAAUCAAUUAACUUUCCAUUCUCAUCAUCCUCCAUGAUCACUAGAAUAUUUUUUGGUCCCAACUACACAUUCACAAGUAUCAAUGUUUUGUGUUUUCUCAAAAAUAAAUUCAGCUGUUGUACCUA